GGGAAACAAACGAACUCGUAAACAAACCUGUCACUUACCAGUCGCAAUCCACAAUUUGUCGGUUUUCUCUCCUGGUGUACGGGUUUUUGGGGGGGUUUUCACUACAGAUAACAAAACUAAAACCUCGAAGAGACUCAGAGAGAUAGAAGAGAGAUGGGGUCUUUAAGGGAUGAAACAAAGCAUGUAAGAGGGCAACAUAAUGAAGAAGAAGAAGAGCCAAUAUUAAAGGAGCAAAACCAGAGGUUUUGUAUGUUCCCCAUUAGGUACAAGCAACUUUGGGAGAUGUACAAGAAGGCUGAAGCCAGUUUUUGGACUGCUGAGGAGGUUGAUCUCUCCCAGGAUAUGCAGCAUUGGGACAACCUAUCUGAUUCUGAGAAACACUUUAUAAGCCACGUAUUGGCAUUUUUUGCUGCUUCUGAUGGGAUUGUUUUGGAGAACUUAGCUGCAAGAUUUCUAAAUGAUGUUCAAAUACCAGAGGCCCGGGCAUUUUAUGGGUUUCAAAUUGCAAUGGAGAAUAUUCAUUCUGAGAUGUACAGCUUGCUUUUAGAGACAUAUAUUAAGGACCCAAAGGAGAAGCAUAGUUUGUUUAAUGCAGUUGAAAGCAUUCCUUGUGUGGCUACUAAGGCUAAAUGGGCUUUGCAGUGGAUUCAUAGCGGAAAUACUUUUGGAGAGAGACUUGUAGCUUUUGCAUGUGUCGAAGGAAUUUUUUUCUCUGGAAGCUUCUGCGCUAUAUUUUGGCUGAAAAAGAGGGGAUUGAUGCCAGGUUUGACAUUCUCAAAUGAGCUUAUAUCUAGAGACGAGGGAUUACACUGUGACUUUGCUUGCCUUCUGUACAGUUUGCUACGAAAGCAGCUAGAUUGGAAAAAAGUUCAUCACAUUAUUCAUGAAGCUGUAGAAAUUGAAACUCAGUUUGUCUGUGACGCCCUUCCUUGUGCACUGAUCGGCAUGAACUCAACUUUGAUGAGCGAGUACAUUAAGUUUGUUGCUGAUCGCCUUUUGGUUGCCUUAGGGUACCAGAGGAAGUACAACGUGGAAAAUCCCUUUGAUUGGAUGGAAUUUAUAUCUUUGCAGGGAAAAGCUAACUUUUUUGAGAGACGGGUAGGCGAUUAUCAGAAGGCUUCAAUCAUGUCAAGCCUUGAAAAUGGAGGCAGAAACUAUGACUUCAAGUUGGAUGAAGACUUUUAGUCAAAAUUUUGUUGCCUUCCCUCUGGUAUUAUUCUUGUGCUGUUGUAAGCAUAUAAAUUUUUGAACUAUUUGCAGGCAAUGCCCAAGGCAUCAUUAGUUCAUAGCCCCAACUGGUUGUUCUUAAAGCCCUUAUGCAGCUGGCUUGAAACUUGGAUUCAUGUUUAUAAUAUAUUCAUGAAGUAUGAUGUUUACUGCUAUCUUUUUUCUAUUAAUUUUACAGAUUUUCAUGGCACUGUUAUCACA